AGCCUGGUCAUGGGGUGCAGCCUGGACUUACGGGGUGCAGCCUGGACUUGUGGGGUGCUGCCUGGGCACGGGGGCAGCCUGGACUUGUGGGGUGCAGCCUGGACUUGUGGGGUGCAGCCUGUGCAUGGGUUUCAGCCCAGACUUGCGGGGUGCAGCCUGGACUUGCGGGGUGCUGCCUGGGCACGGGGGCAGCCUGGACUUGUGGGGUACAGCCUGGACUUCUGGGGCGCAGCCUGGGCGCAGGGUGCAGCCGGGCUGCGUGGGUUUCAGUGAGGAUGGGUUCGCAGCCUGGCUGGAUUCAGCCGAGCUGCAAGAGUUUCAGUGGCCCCGGGCUGAGGCUGGGCUGGUGGCCGCCAGGCCGAGCGUCCGCGGUGUUCGGGCCCCAGCUGCCGGCGUCCUGAGCCCGAGUCUGUGGCGACCCUGCGUAUCAUCUGCUCGUUAUGUAACGUGACAACACGAGUGUGAAAUAGAAACCAGAUGUCGGGGCGGAGCCGUGAAUUCCUCGCCAGUGAGCGCGGCGGGCACCGCUUGCUUUGCUGCUGCGAUGCAGGCCCGGGGCCCUGGGAGGACGGGCUCCGGGAUCCCAACGCAGGCCGCGGAGGAAGGCGAAGUGCCGACACGCGUGGUUAACUCCUUCCUGAGGGGUAGCCCCGGUUCCGGGGGCCCUGGCGCCUCGGCGAGGAUCCACGUAGAGGGGGGGGCUCGGUGCCAGAUGGACUUUCUGGCCGAGACCAGCCAGUGGAGCUGCUGAGCCCUGCCCGCGUGAACCACAUGCCCAGCACUGUGGAUGUGGCCUCGGCGCUGCCUCUGCAAGUGGCUCCCCCGGCGGUGCCCAUGGACCUGCGCCUGGACCACCAGUUCCCGCUGCCCGUGACGGAGCCCGGCCUCCGGGAGCAGCAGCUGCAGCAGGAGCUCCUGGCCCUGAAGCAGAAGCAGCAGCUGCAGAGGCAGAUCCUCAUUGCCGAGUUCCAGAGGCAGCACGAGCAGCUGUCCCGGCAGCAUGAAGCCCAGCUCCACGAGCACAUCAAACAACAGCAAGAGCUGCUGGCCAUGAAGCACCAGCAGGAGCUGUUGGAGCAUCAGCGGAAGCUGGAGAGGCACCGCCAGGAGCAGGAGCUGGAGAAGCAGCACCGGGAGCAGAAGCUGCAGCAGCUCAAGAACAAGGAGAAAGGCAAAGAGAGUGCCGUGGCCAGCACGGAAGUGAAGAUGAAGCUACAAGAGUUUGUCCUCAACAAAAAGAAGGCGCUGGCCCACCGGAACCUGAACCACUGCAUGUCCAGCGACCCCCGCUACUGGUACGGGAAGACACAGCACAGCUCCCUGGACCAGAGCUCCCCGCCCCAGAGCGGGGUGUCCGCCUCCUACAACCACCCGGUCCUGGGCAUGUAUGACGCCAAAGAUGACUUUCCGCUCAGAAAGACAGCUUCUGAACCCAAUCUGAAAUUACGCUCCAGGCUAAAGCAGAAAGUGGCCGAGAGACGGAGCAGCCCUCUGUUACGCAGGAAAGAUGGGCCUGUGGUUACUGCUCUAAAAAAGCGUCCCCUGGAUGUCACAGACUCCGCGUGCAGCAGCGCCCCGGGCUCCGCGCCCAGCUCGCCCAACAACAGCUCCGGGAGCGUCAGCACGGAGAACGGCAUCGCGCCCGCUGUGCCCAGCGUCCCGGCCGAGACCAGCUUGGCUCACAGGCUCGUGACUCGGGAAGGCUCCGUGGGCCCCCUCCCCCUCUACACGUCCCCGUCUUUGCCCAACAUCACGCUGGGGCUUCCCGCCACCGGCCCUUCCACGGCGGCGGGCCAGCAGGAAGCCGAGAGGCUCACCCUCCCCGCCCUCCAGCAGCGCAUCCACCUCUUCCCCGGCACCCACCUCUCCCCCUACCUGAGCGCGGCUCCCCUGGACCGGGACGCGGGGACGGCCCACAACCCUCUCCUGCAGCACAUGGUCCUCCUGGAGCAGCCGGCCGCGCAGACACCCCUGGUCACAGACUGGUAUCUUGCAGGCCUGGGAGCGCUGCCCCUGCACGCGCAGUCCCUGGUGGGGGCGGACCGCGUGUCCCCGUCCAUCCACAAGCUGCGGCAGCACCGCCCGCUGGGGCGCACGCAGUCGGCGCCACUGCCCCAGAACGCGCAGGCCCUGCAGCACCUGGUGAUCCAGCAGCAGCACCAGCAGUUCCUGGAGAAGCACAAGCAGCAGUUUCAGCAGCAGCAGCUGCACCUCAACAAGAUUCUCCCCAAGCCCAGCGAGCCGGCCCGGCAGCCCGAGAGCCACCCUGAGGAGACAGAGGAGGAGCUGCGGGAGCACCAGGCCCUCCUGGAGGAGCCCUUCCUGGACCGGCUCUCAGGGCAGAAGGAGGUGCACGCACUGGGGGUGCAGGUGAAGCAGGAGCCCGUCGAGAGUGACGACGAGGAGGCCGAGCCCCCGCGGGAGGCGGAACCAGGCCAGCGGCAGCCCAGGGAGCAGGAGCUGCUCUUCAGACAGCAAGCCGCCCUCCUGGAGCAGCAGCGCAUUCACCAGCUGAGGAACUACCAGGCGUCCAUGGAGGCCGCCGGCGUCCCCGUGUCCUUCGGCGGCCACCGGCCUCUGUCCCGGGCACAGUCCUCCCCCGCGUCCGCCACCUUCCCCAUGUCUGUGCAGGAGCCCCCCGCCAAACCAAGGUUCACCACAGGUCUCGUGUACGACACGCUGAUGCUGAAGCACCAGUGCGCCUGCGGGAACACCAACAGCCACCCGGAGCAUGCUGGGAGGAUCCAGAGCAUCUGGUCCAGGCUGCAGGAGACUGGCCUUCGAGGCAAAUGUGAGUGCAUCCGCGGACGCAAGGCCACCCUGGAGGAGCUGCAGACAGUGCAUUCGGAGGCCCACGCCCUGCUCUACGGCACAAACCCCCUCAACAGGCAGAAACUGGACAGUAAGAAACUUCUAGGCUCGCUCACGUCGGUGUUUGUCAGGCUGCCCUGCGGUGGUGUCGGCGUAGACAGCGACACCAUAUGGAGCGAGGUGCACUCGUCGGGGGCCGCCCGGCUGGCCGUGGGCUGCGUGGUGGAGCUGGCCUUCAAGGUGGCCACAGGGGAGCUGAAGAACGGCUUUGCUGUGGUCCGCCCUCCGGGACACCACGCGGAGGAGAGCACGCCCAUGGGGUUCUGCUACUUCAACUCCGUGGCCAUCGCCGCCAAGCUUCUCCAGCAAAGGCUGCACGUGAGCAAGACCCUCGUAGUGGACUGGGACGUGCACCACGGGAACGGGACCCAGCAGGCCUUCUACAGCGACCCCAGCGUGCUCUAUGUCUCGCUGCACCGCUACGACGACGGCAACUUCUUCCCGGGCAGCGGGGCUCCUGACGAGGUGGGCACAGGGCCAGGCGUGGGCUUCAACGUCAACAUGGCUUUCACGGGCGGCCUGGACCCCCCCAUGGGAGACGCCGAGUACUUGGCGGCCUUCAGAACUGUGGUCAUGCCGAUCGCCAACGAGUUUGCCCCAGACGUGGUGCUGGUGUCAUCAGGCUUCGACGCCGUGGAGGGCCACCCCACGCCUCUCGGCGGCUACAACCUCUCUGCCAAAUGUUUUGGGUACCUGACGAAGCAGCUGAUGGGCUUGGCCGGCGGCCGGGUGGUCCUGGCCCUGGAGGGGGGUCACGACCUCACAGCCAUCUGUGACGCCUCGGAGGCCUGCGUCUCUGCUUUGCUGGGAAACGAGCUUGACCCUCUCCCAGAAAAGGUUUUGCAGCAGAGACCCAACGCCAACGCCGUGCGGUCCAUGGAGAAGGUCAUUGAAAUCCACAGCCAGUACUGGCGCUCCCUGCAGCGUCUCGCCUCCACCGUGGGCUACUCCCUGGUCGAGGCCCAGAAGUGCGAGAACGAGGAAGCCGAGACGGUCACUGCCAUGGCCUCGCUGUCUGUGGGCGUCAAGGCACCCGAGAAGAGACCCGAGGAGGAGCCCAUGGAAGAGGAGCCGCCCCUGUAGCCGCUCCGGAAGCUGCGGCCUCUUGUCUGUUUGUCUCCGUCUUGAAGAUCCGCCAACAAGUUGCUGUCACCCUGCGUCCCGCCACGGCGUUCUCGGAGCCCACAGGCGCGGCGCGGGCGAGGGCGGCGGGAAGCCCUCUGCCUGCCAGAACCGGGACAGACGCCGGGACGCGCAGACACACGGACACGCGGAAGCAGGCGCCCUGGGCCAUCCCCCCGGGACGCCCCCGAGGGAGGGAGCCUGCGGCAGCCCGCGGCCGGGCUGCCGGGGUGGCCGCCGCGAGGAAAAGGGACGAACGUCAAAGAUCUCACAACACAAAGCAAACUUGAUCAAAACUGGUGCUUACGGUUUGGUGAUUCCCCACAGUUCCACGUCCCCGUGCAGACCUCUCCUCUUGUAGCUUCUUUCUUUUCGAGAGCCAGUCGCUGCGGCUCCGGCCCGCCUCUGAUCGCGGCCGUGCGCGGCGCGGCGCGGGUGGGAGACGGUGGGCGCGGGUGAGGAAGACAAACUGGCCGCGAAGCGAAGUGGGAGCCCGCGGAGCCGGCUUGUUUGCUCCCAGCCGGCGGACGAUGCGCGUUUGUGCCUUUUUUUUAAUCGCUCGGAUGGAUUUUCGUGGCUGGGUUUUCUGAAGUCUGAGGAACAAUGCCUUAAGAAAAAAUAAACCGCAGGAAGGGGUGGGACAGGUCCCCGAGGCCGGCACGUGCUGGCCUGGCGCUCCCGGAGCGGCCCGGGGCCCGGCCGGCAGCCCGCGAGGGCGAGGUCCUGCCACCCUGUCUUUGCUUUAUUGCUGUUGAAGAAACAUGGAGGUAGUUCCAAAAAAAGUGGUAAAUACUGUCGGGGGUUUCGAAGUCCCACACAUUUUAAAUGAAUCCAAAGUGUUCUUUUCUCAUACAUCACAUACCAAUUGAGCAUCGUUGUCUGGUUGUGGAGCAUGCCCUAGGCACACUUUCAGUGUUACGAUCGGAAUGCUUUUUAUUAAAAGCAAGUAGCAUGAAGUAUUGCUUAAAUUUUAGGUAUAAAUAAAUAUAUAUAUGUAUAAUAUAUAUUCCAAUGUAUUCCGAGCUAAGAAACUUGAUUCUUAUGAAAUCUUGAUAAAAUAUUUAUAAUGCAUUUAUAGAAAAAGUAUAUAUAUAAAAUAAAUGCAGGUCGUAAAGGUCCCUGGCAAACGAAAGACGUGUGAAUUAGCCAUCCAGGUGCUCAUGGAACGGGAUCUGGCUCGAAGCUCAUGCAUUUCCGAAGCCCCGACGGGAGAGCUUUCCGUCCUCCGUGCGCCUCGGGCAGCUGUCCUGCAGGAAUGUCCUUUCAUCUUAAUUAUUUUCUGACCCGGUCCCUUCUGCCCCGCCUCCAUGCACUUAGGUACCUAAUGAGUUUUUCUAGCAAAGAAUAUAAAUUUGCCGUUGAUUUUGUAUGAAUUUUUCACAAAAAGAGCCUGAAGAAGCCUUGUUUUGUGAACUUUCCGUUUCUUGCUCCCCAUUCAGCAGUUUUCUGCGUGGGGAGAAUGCUACAUCUUUUUCCUUUCUAAAUUUUUUGCUUGUACAUUUUUUUUAACUUUUGAAGGGUUUUUUUAUUAUUAUUAUGUGCGUUCUGUUUAUUUUUGUACAGUGAGCACAGAUUUAUUUUCAGAGAGUGAGCGCCGGAUGCGCGGCCGGACGCAGGUCGGCUCCCCUGGGCCCGCCCCGCGGCCGGAGGCAGAGCGUGGGGUCUUUCUUGCCGUCCCCGCGUUGGGGGCCAGGGGUCGUUGGGACGCUGAGCUGAGGGGCUUGCCAGACGCCACGGGCCGUCGGCAUUCGUGACACUCGUGUUAUUAAACUUCUCUGAGCACAUGGUCAGGAUAGAUUUUCACUUGACUUUUCCAAAGACCUUGUGAGCAUGUCAGCAACAUGUGGGGCCAAGAGGGCCCCACGCCGCUUCCAGGUGCCGUGGCCUCGGCCCCGUGGCUGCGCCCGGCUGGGAGCAGCAGGCCUGGGUUUAGGAGCCCGGGGCUGCAGCGAGCCCGGGCCCAGGCUGCCUGGCAGCCCGUGGGGACGGCCGGUCUCUGCUUGUUCUCUUUGACAGGAACUGGACGGCCCUUGUUCUUGGUAACCGAUUUUCUAGCACUCGAAGCCACCAGUUUCAUUCCCGGGUGUGCCCAGGCCAAGCUGAGGGAGGACGGGCCCCCGCCACGUCUCCAGUUCAGGAACUUUUACAGGGCAGCUGCCCAAGGAGACUCUGAGACGGCCGGACUGUGACCCGGUGGUGGCAGAUCCUGGGACUGCCUUGGUCAGCGGGCGGCUGUGGGUCAGGCCUGGGACAGGGGUUGAGAGCAGGAUGGGGAGGCCGGGGGACGCAUCUCCCGUGCUCUUCCCUCCCAGCCCUUGGCCCUGAGGCCCGAGGCGGCAGGGAGCUGGAGCGGUGGCAGGGCCCGCCGGCCGGCUGUCCUGGCCUUCUUGGGCCGAGGGGACCGCGUGCCCACCUACUGCCAGCCGGGGCUCCCGGGAGGAACGCAGCGUCUGGCAUCUUUUAUGGGGGCGGGGGGCUAACGUGGACCCCCCAGGGCCGGCUUAGCCUGGGGAUUUACCUGGCUCAGCCCGCAGCCCCGGGCAGAGGAGCAGACCCCCACGGUCAGCGGGCUCCAGCUUCACAAGCGUGCUUAAAGCAUUACCGUGUAGCCUUUUCUUUGCUUUGAAGACACACUCAGCCCCUGUCCGCGGCCAGCCGUCGGGGCAGGUGGCAGCGGGCCGGCCCUGGAGUGCCCGCGGGCCCCCCGCAUCAGCGGCGAGGGGCUCCUCCCGCCGUCCCCCUGGUCCCUGGACCUCUCGCCUUUCUGUUCCUUUGCAGAGGCCUCGGGGACACUGGCCGGGGGUCAGCAAGUGAGCACUUUAUACCCCUUUGUGGGAAAGCCCCCGACGCCCCCAGGCCGCGUGGCCUCAGCCUGCCCUCGCGGCCCCCCGGCUGCGCCGCGCAGCGCCCGGGCCCCACCAGCAGGCGGCCGUCCCCGGGCCCACGCCGCUGGGACUGGCCGCCCCUCCGGUUGCAAAGGGCCACUUUGUCCAAGUGUUUCGGUUUUUCUCUACUUCUUUUAAGAGUUUGUUUCCAGAGGAAGGACUGUUUCGUAUGGGUCGGACCCCAAAGCACGUCUGGCUUUUGCAGCCCUCGCGAGGGAGUUUCUUGUUUUUAAUUUUCGAUCCGAACAUUCCUUCUUUCCUGGCCACAGCCACGUGCUCAUUCCAUUCUUUUUGUAGACUUUGGGGCCCACGUGUUUUAUGGGCAUUGAUACAUAUAUAAAUAUAUAUAUAAAUACAUAGGAAUAUAUUUUUUUAAGUUUCCUACACCUGGAGGUUGCAUGGGCUGUACGACCGGCAUGUCUUUAUAUUGUACACAGGUUUUGCACGCCAAACGCGGCAGCUUGGGCAAGACGACAAAUGCCUUUUGGUCCCCCUCCCGUGACGUUUGCAGACACAAAGGAGGGGAUUUUUUUUUUUUUUUUUUUUUCUCUGUAAAACAAAACAGACCCUUGAAGGCGAGUGGGAGGGGGGGACGUUUGCGUCUUAGCGAACUUAUUCUUAAGAAAUUGUACUUUUUAUUGUAAGACGAGUAAAAGGACUACUUCAACACUUGUCAUAUUAAGAAACCAAGUUUAAUCUAGCACUUGUGACAUACCAAUACUAGAGUUUAUUGUACUUCUGUGGGAAACGUGUUUUAGGGACGCUGCGCAGAAGUCCAAGGGCGCUGCCUGUCUCUCCCGGGUUGACUCGGAGGCGUUUGUUGGCUUUGGCUCCUCCCGCCUCUCUUUGCUCGGGGCGAGCGCUGCCCUCACCAGCCCUGGUGGCCGUCGGGCCCGCUGGGGACCCGGGAGGCCCCGGCGGCCCCUUCCGUACAGCAGUGCCGACUUUUCAUUUCUUCUAGGUGAUGUAUGGCUAAGAUUUCCCUUUCGACUCGGUAGUCGUGGACUGUGCUGCACUGUGCUUUCAGAUUACACUUUGCAUCGAAAGGAAACCGUUUCUUCCUUGCGAUGGAGCCGAGCUGGCCCAGCGCAGCUCCCUCUGUCUCUCUGACACGAUUCAAAGUCUCCUGUCGAAGGACAAGGAAAGCGGACAGUUUCUGUUUGUUGUUGCUGUUGGGUUUUUUUCCUUUGGUGUGUGUGCCCCCAGGGAGGUCCUCUUUUCCAGUUUAUGAGAAUGACACCCAUGUAUAAUAUAGAGAGGCGGGGGGUUGACCCUUUUCACCCAAGAGCUCCUGACGGGUCUGUCGUGGGAAGCGCGGCGACGGCGGUGUCACCUCCCGCGACGGCGGUUCGCCUCUGCUCGCGCAGAGACCUGCUCCGUCUGUGACUGAGUCGGUUCCCUCUGAUUGUCUGGACCUGCCGGUGGUCCUUUCUUUUGCUCAGUGGAGCUGGAGAUUUUGUUUCUGGUUUUCUCAUUGUUUUGUUGUGUGGGGGUGGAUUUUCACCGAGUGUGGUGCCCCCUACCCCCACCCCCGACGGCCGACUCUGCUUCACUUCCCCAGGAGUCCAGUAUUUUGUACCUCAUCCUACAACUUGUCACUCUUGUGGUGUAAAUAAAGAGCAUUCAUUGCCCUCCGA